CCGAGCCGCGCAGGGGCUGGAGGCGGCCGGGGGCUGUCGGGCCGCGCUGCUGACAGCCGGGAGCCGAGGCGAUGGCGGUGCAGGCGGCGCUGCUCAGCUCGCACCCCUUCGUGCCCUUCGGCUUCGGGGGCGCCACGGACGGGCUAAGCGGCGCCUUCGGGGGCUUGGACAAGGGCUGUUGUUUCGAGGACGAGGAGACCGGGGCGCCCUCGGGAGCGCUGCUGUCGGGGGCCGAAGGCGGGGACGUGCGCGAGGCCACCCGCGACCUGCUCAGCUUCAUCGACUCGGCGUCCAGCAACAUCAAGCUGGCGCUCGACAAGCCCGGCAAGUCCAAGCGGAAGGUGAACCACCGCAAGUACCUGCAGAAGCAGAUAAAGCGCUGCAGCGGCCUCAUGGGCGCCGCGCCGCCGGGGCCGCCGUCCCCGAGCGCCGCCGACACGCCGCCCAAGCGGCCGCUCUGCGGCCCGUCGGGGCCGGCCGUGAGCCUGGGUGACCUGGAGAAAGGCGCCGAGGCCGUGGAGUUCCUGGAGUUGCUGGCGCCAGAAUACGGCGCGGGCAACGACGCGGGCGUCUUGCUGGCCACCGAGCCCCUCGACGUGUUCCCCACCGGGGCCGCCGUCCUGCGCGGACCCUUGGAGCUGGAGUCCGGCCUCUUUGAGCCGCCGCCCGCGAUGGUGGGGAACCUCCUGUACCCCGAGCCCUGGAGUCCGCCGAGCUGUCCGCAGACCAAGAAGCCGCCUGUGGCGGCCUCCCGAGGCGCGGUGACCUUGAACGAGCCAUUGCGUGCCCUGUACCCCACCGCCGCGGACUCUCCGGGAGGGGAGGAUGCACCCGCCUUGGCCUCCUUCGCCCCCUUCUUCCCCGAUUGCUCCCUGCCGCCGCCCCCUCAGGUGUCCUAUGAUUACAGCGCGGGCUACACCCGCGCGACGUACUCCAGUCUUUGGAGACCGGACGGGGUUUGGGAAGGGGCGCCAGGGGAAGAGGGGACGCCCUAAGACAGACUGCGGGGUGCCCUUCCCUCCUAUUAAGGGCUGAGACUCCUGUGGGUCUCCCCUGAGCCCCCAGGAGAUGGGAAAACGCACAUGGGGACGAAAUGGGAGUUAAAAAAAAUCACUUAAUAAAAGAAACUUCAGGAAAAGAGAUGAAGAGGAGUUAAGGUUGUUUCAGUCACAGCCUCAAAUUUUAUUUUGUUUUGUAUUUUAAGUGGCGUGUAGAUGCUUGGACCUGAAGAGCCCUCAAAACCCCAAGACACAGAGUUUGGGAACUUACGGGGUUUGGGGUGGUGGAAGGGUCAAGAACAAGAGGCAGAAACUGUAGCCAUCUCUCUGGUCUCCGUUCAACCAAGGUCAGUGUCACAGCCCAGUCUAAACAGUGCCCUGGUCCCUUCCCUUGAGUACAUUCUGAAUU